AUGGAAUAUCUUAUUGCUUUUAGAAAGUUAAAGACAGAUUUUAAAUUAAAGGUGACCUCUCCUUUACAAAUUUCUCCGAAUGAAGGUACACUCAACUCCUUCGAAAAGAAGGAGAUCAAUAUUAUUUUUGCUCCUACAACUCCAGGAUACAUAAAAACGGGUAUAAUAUGUACUUUUGGUGAUGAUAAAAUACAGAAAGAUAAGUAUAUAAACAUUACGGGAUCAGGUAUACUAAGACUAAUUAAUUUUCAAUGUUUAGUGGAAAUUGCAAGACUUCGUAUCCUUGCUGAGGAUGUAACCGUUGAUGAGAAUACGAAUAAUUGUCCUAUCGUUUCCCUUUUAUUUGACAACGUAUCUACUGGUCGUUCAUCUCAAAAAACUAUUGUGGUUGAAAAUUAUUCCAAUGUUGAUAGUUUAAUAAAAAUUGAAUCACUUAGUCGAAACACUGGUUUUGAUGAAAGUACAGUAUUUCGCUCACUUUUAUCAACAGUCACUAUUCCUGCACAGUCGAAAUCACAAAUCAAUUUUACCUACACUCCAAAAAUGCCAAAAUCUUAUGAUGUGGGCUAUUUCAAAAUUUGUUCAGUAAACAAUUAUGGCGAAACAAUGAUAAAAUGUAUGGGUAAAUCAAAAGAUCUCAAUAUACAACUAUCAACAAAUUAUUGUACAUUUCCAAUUACACAAAUCGAUGAAUUACAAUGUCUAGCCGUCAGUAUAAUCAAUUAUUCAGAGUAUUCAACAGUAUAUGAAUUAAUAACUGGUCAAUUGGAAAGUUAUGAAGAUGAAACGCAUCAAUUGUGUACUGCAGUGUCAACAGUAUUCCCAAUAAUAAAAGGUUCAACAAAUGGUAUCAUUAAAUCAAAAGAAACAUUACAAAUAGUUAUUGGAUUUUGUCCACAUGUAGCAGGUCAUUUUUAUCGUCGAUUUACAUUGUUAGUUUGUAAUCAGGAACCACAAUUUUUGCAUUUACUUGGUACUUGUCAUGAUUUAAUUGAAAGACCUCAUCAUUUAAAACCAAAACAUUUAAUGAAUAUGGAUUUAUGUGGUGAGAUAAAUCAACAUAAUGACAACCAUUCAAAUGGCUAUGAGAUUUAUUCUGAAAUGAUGCAAUCAUCAGAAAUUUCGAAUAAUCCACCAGCAAUAUCUUUAAACUGCACAACUUGGGAUUUCACUUCAAAUUCAAUUUUAUUAUCUAAAGCAAUUACAUGUGCAGAACAACAAUUAAACAAAGCUGCUAAUCAAGAUUUAGAAUUGAAUCAUGAACAUUUAGCUAUUCAAAAUACUUUAAUUGUACAAAAUUUUACUAAUAGUGUACUGAUAAUUCAUUGGACACCAACUAAACAGAUCGACGUCAGUAAUCAAGUGAUUGUUGAGAACAACAAGAACAAGAAAUUAGUAAGCAAUUUUCGAAUUGAACCAACAAUAAAAGAACUUGCACCGAAUAGUUCAACAGAAUUCAACAUUAUGUUUACACCAGUAAGUGAUUAG